UCUGUGCAUGCGUCGUAACUUAGAGAGAGAAAAUUAGAGAGAGAGGAUAUGGGGGAACAAGUUUUGCUCCAUGGAGAUCUUCAUGCAACUAUCUAUGAGAUCGACAAUCUUCAUCUUGGAUUUCUUUCCAAGCUUUAUCAUAAGGUGGAAGAAGCCGGACGUUUCAACAAGCAUGCUUCGCGCCUCUACGCCACCAUCGACUUAGAGAAAACUCGAGUAGGCCGGACACGACUACUACACGAACACGACUCGAACCCUCAGUGGAACGAAUCGUUCCACAUCUACUGUGCCCACUCUGCCUCCAAACUCGUCUUCAACAUCAAGCUCGACAAUCCAAUCGGCACCAAACUCGUCGGAACAGCCGAGCUCCCCGUCGCCGACCUCAUCCCCGGCGAUCGAGUCGAGACGUGGAUCGACAUCCUCAACCGCCGCCGCCAGCCGAUCCACGGCGGCUCCAAGCUCCGCGUCCGCCUCCACUUCUACGACGUCGCUCGCGAGCGCUGCUGGUCGCGCGGCCUCAAGAGCCGCAACUUCCCCGGCGUUCCGUACACCUUCUUCCCGCAGAGGAAGGGGUGCAGAGUCACUCUGUACCAGGACGCGCACGUCGCCGACGGAUUCCUCCCUGAGAUCCGCCUCGCCGGCGGGAGAAUUUACAAUCCGCGGCGGUGCUGGGAGGAUGUUUUCCAUACGAUCUCCGCUGCGAAGCAUUUGAUCUACAUCAGCGGCUGGUCGGUAUUCACGAAGAUCAAAUUGGUGAGGGAUCUGGCCGGAUCUGAGAUAGAUCUCGCUAGAUCUGAGAUAGAUCUGGGCGAAUUGCUGAUUAAGAAGGCUAACGAAGGAGUUAGGGUUUUGAUGCUGGUUUGGGAUGAGAGGACGUCGGUGAAGCUGUUGAAGAACGAUGGAUUGCUUGCGACUCACGAUGAAGAUACCGGCAGUUAUUUCAAGAAUACAGGUGUGAAUUGCGUGCUCUGCCCGCGCAACCCCGACGACGGCCGGAGCUUCGCGCAGGGGGUGGAGAUCGGCACGAUGUUCUCGCACCACCAGAAAUUGUUGGUGGCGGACGCCGCGAUGCCUAACGGAGACGAUCGGAUUAGGAGGCUGGUGAGCUUCGUCGGCGGGAUCGAUCUCUGCGACGGCAGAUACGAUAAUCAAAAUCACUCUUUGUUCCGAACUCUGAACACAGUCCACGUCGACGACUUCCACCAGGCCAACUGCCGCGGCGCCGACAUCCGGAGGGGAGGGCCGAGGGAGCCGUGGCACGACAUCCACUGCAAGUUGGAGGGCGCCGCCGCGUGGGAUGUGCUCUACAAUUUCGAGCAGAGGUGGCGGAAGCAGGGUGGGAGAGAUCUGCUUCUCCCGCUGCAGGAGCUCCGCGGCGCGGUGGCGCCGCCGUCUCCAGUGAUGCUCCCCGAAGAUCACGACACGUGGAACGUGCAGAUCUUCAGAUCUAUAGACGGAGGCGCGGCGUUCGGCUUCCCGGAGCUGCCGGAGGAGGCUGCGAGAUCCGGUCUGAUCAGUGGCAAGGACAACAUCAUCGAUCGGAGCAUUCAGGAUGCCUACAUCCACGCGAUCCGCCGCGCGAACAAUUUCAUCUACAUCGAGAAUCAGUACUUCCUCGGCAGCUCAUUCUCGUGGCUGGAGACCGAUGAGGUCAAAAUCGAAGAGGUCGGCGCUCUGCACCUGAUUCCGAAGGAGCUGUCGUUGAAGAUCGCGUGCAAAAUCGCGGAAGGGGAGCCUUUCAGAGUGUACGUGGUGGUGCCGAUGUGGCCGGAGGGGUUUCCGGAUAGCGCGGCGGUGCAGACUAUUCUGAGCUGGCAGAAACGGACGAUGGAGAUGAUGUACACUGACGUGGCGGAGGCACUGAAAGCGAAAGGCGUAACCGCCGCAGAUCUGAGAGACUACUUGACAUUCUUCUGCCUCGGAAACAGAGAGACGAAGAGAGAUGGAGAAUACGAGCCGCCAUUGAAACCGGAGCGCGAUACGUACUACAGCAGAGCUCAGCAGUCGCGACGCGGCAUGAUCUAUGUCCACUCCAAGAUGAUGAUCGUUGAUGAUGAAUACAUAAUAGUUGGAUCGGCCAACAUUAACCAGAGAUCGAUGGAUGGUGCGAGGGACUCAGAGAUCGCAAUGGGGGCGUAUCAGCCGUAUCAUUUGUCAUGCAAGAAGGCAGCGAGGGGCGCUAUCUACGGCUUUCGGAUGGCACUGUGGUACGAGCACCUUGGCAUGUUGGAUGACGCGUUUUGUCAUCCCGAGAGAUUGGAGUGUAUACGGAAGGUGAAACGUGUAUCGGAGAAGAAUUGGGAUCUUUACAUUGCGGAGACUAUGGAAGGGGAUUUGCCGGGACAUCUACUUCCCUAUCCGCUCCGGGUCGAGUCUAGUGGUAGAGUGAGUGAGCUGCCGGGAAAUGAGAAUUUCCCAGAUACGACAUCGCCCGUUGUAGGCGAUGUUGCUCAGUUCUAUCCAUCGAUCCUCACUACUUGAUAUUUCUAGUUUCUUCAAAUAAAUACCGUGUGUAUAUGUGUUGAUCCAAAUGAUAUGCAUUUAUUUAUGUUAUUUCUGCUCAAAUGAGAAGUUGCGUUGUUGUAAUGAUGAGUGUAAAUAUGAAUGAAAACGCAACACGUUUAUUAUUGCUUA